AUGGCCGAACGCUACAUCCCUGAGCAUCGUCGCACUCAAUUUAAGGCGAAGAACACCUUCAAGCCCGAAGAGUUGAGACGUCGUCGCGAGGAGCAACAAGUUGAGAUCCGCAAAGCAAAGCGUGAGGAGAAUUUGGCAAAGAGAAGAGGCAUCACUGGCGCAGAUGGAUCUCGUCCCGGGGCUUCUCUCGGCGCAGAGCCCGAUAGCGAUGAUGAUACUCCUCCCACCGAAAGUCAGUUGAAUGAGGACCUCCCCCAAAUGUGUGCGGGCGUCUUCUCCGAGCAAAUCGAUCUCCAAAUUCAAGCUACCACCAAGUUCAGAAAGCUUCUAUCCAAGGAACGAAACCCACCCAUCGAAGAAGUCAUCAAGACCGGAGUCGUCAGCCGAUUCGUUACCUUCCUUCGAUCGCCCCAUACUCUUGUCCAAUUCGAAGCUGCAUGGGCUCUUACUAACAUUGCUUCCGGGUCCGCACAACAAACACAAGUUGUUAUCGAGGCUGGAGCCGUCCCCAUUUUCUGUGAGUUACUCCUCAGUCACGAGCCCGACGUUAGAGAACAGGCCGUCUGGGCUUUGGGAAACAUUGCUGGGGAUAGCCCAUCAUGCCGGGACUACGUUUUGAGCUGCGGUGCCCUCAAGCCCCUCUUGAGCCUAUUGGGUGAUAGCCGAAAACUCAGCAUGCUUCGCAAUGCUACCUGGACCCUAAGCAACUUCUGCCGUGGCAAGACACCCCAACCGGACUGGAACACCAUCUUGCCUGCACUUCCGGUUUUGGCUAAGCUGGUAUACUCCCUGGACGACGAGGUCCUGAUUGAUGCUUGCUGGGCCAUUUCCUACCUUUCUGAUGGUGCCAAUGACAAGAUCCAGGCUGUCAUUGAAGCUGGUAUCCCUCGCCGCCUCGUAGAACUGCUCAUGCACGCCUCCACCUCCGUCCAGACUCCCGCUCUUCGCUCUGUCGGCAACAUUGUCACCGGUGAUGAUGUGCAAACCCAGGUCAUCAUCAACUGCGGUGCUCUUCCCGCUCUCCUGUCACUCUUGAGCUCCGGAAAAGAUGGUAUCCGUAAGGAGGCAUGCUGGACUAUCUCUAACGUCACCGCGGGCAAUUCCACCCAGAUUCAAGCUGUCAUCGAUGCGAACAUCAUCCCACCUCUCAUCCAUCUUCUGUCCAAUGGCGACCUAAAGACCCGUAAAGAAGCGUGCUGGGCUAUCUCGAACGCCACAUCUGGUGGACUUCAGAAGCCAGAGCAAAUCCGCUAUCUGGUCAACCAAGGUUGCAUCAAGCCAUUGUGUGACCUUCUUGCUUGCCCCGACAACAAGAUCAUCCAGGUCGCUCUUGAUGGUCUAGAGAAUAUCCUGAAGGUUGGUGAGAUGGACAAGGACGCUGCUGGUGAAGGACAAGAAAGUAUCAACAGAUAUGCUUUGUUCAUUGAGGAAUGCCAGGGUAUGGAGAAGAUCCAUGACUGCCAGACGAACGCCAAUGAGGAGAUCUACAUGAAGGCUUACAACAUGAUCGAGAAGUACUUCUCUGACGAAGACGAGGCCGAGGGCCAGGAUGAUGGGGCACCGAGGGCUGAUGGUACAUUUGGUUUUGGUGCCAACCCUGCCGCCCAAGGCGCUGGUUUCAACUUCGCUAGCCCCAAUGGUGAUUCGAUGGACAUGUGA